AUGACAUCCAACCGACCGAGGAAGAAUAUUUUUCUAGAACGCACUUGGCCUGGUGUAUUGCCCUUUGCUCAAGCUGGCGAAGAAAUGCGAUUCUAUCGGCGAAUCUUCACAGACAUUCUUGGACCAAGACAGUCGCAAGAGGUCAGAAAAUAUCAGGACUACGAGACCAAAAUGGCAUUGGUUGCGUUUUGCGAACUCCCAGAUGACUAUGUGGCUCAUAUAACCCGGUUCGCAAUGAGUGUCAUCUUCAGUGCUAUAUACGGAACCAGGAUCGGCCGACUCGAUCAUCCCGUCAUGGUCGAGCUAUACGAUGUCUGGGAAACAGAUUUGCAUAAUGUUCGACCCGGACACCUCAUCAUAGACUGGCUGCCGAUCCUUGAGAAGCUGCCGUUGCGCCUCCAGCCUUGGGUCAAGCUCGCAGAUUCUUUGCACGAACGUGAAACUGCCGUUAACAAGGCCUUUCUCAAGUCACUAAGAAAGCGAAUCGAGACCGGAACGGUGCCCGCGUGUUUUGCCAUCGAUGCCAUGGCACAUCAACGGAAGCAGGGAUUUGACGACGACGUCUUGGUUGACCUUUUGGCCGGCUUGGUGGUCACUGGCAGCGAAACAACCGCCACAAUGAUGCAAUCCUUCAUCAAGCUCAUUGCAAUGCAUCCAGAGGCUCAGCAGAAAGCUCAACAAGAACUGGACCGCGUAGUUGGGCCUCGUCGUCUGCCAGCAUGGGAAGACCAGCCAAAUCUUCCUUAUGUUCGAGCUCUUAUCAAGGAGCUUCACAGAUUCAGCCCCAUUACUUCGUUUGCCGUCCCACACGCCUCCACUGAAGAGAUCAUGUACCGCGGAAACACCAUCCCCGACAACACCGUCAUUUUGCCCUGCCUGGACAAUCUUCAUCGGGACCCAGCACGGUACGAUGACGCUGAAUCCUUUCGGCCGGAACGAUUCCUCGGUGAUGACUUGGAAGCGCUCGUCAGUGCUAGACAGAGAGAUUACAGGAAGCGCGACCACGUCAACUAUGGCUUUGGUCGUCGUAUGUGUCCAGGCAUACAAGUCGCGGAGAACUCGCUCUUCAUGCAGGUCUCCCGUUAUCUAUGGGCCUUUAACAUUACGCCCAAGCCGGGGGAGCCUCCGCUGGACAUGGCCGAUUGGCAAGAAUUGUUUAGCAGGAAGCCAAAGCCAUUCAAGGUGAAUAUCACGCCGCGGUCUGAUGCUAUACUCCAAGUUAUCCAACAGACGGCGAAAGAGGCGCGCACGGAUAUUCCUGAUGUUGACUCUAUCGAGAUGGAUAACUAA